CCCACGGCCACCCACAGCAGGGCCACCCCACGGCAGGACCACCCCAUAGGCAGGGUGCCCAGAACGGCAGCUUGGAGGCAGGGCUGCACUCAUACCCACUUUUACUCACAUGCAAAUUAAGGAGGGGAUGAUGCAGAAAUUUCUAGGAGGAGGUUGGUACCUUCCAUUGAAAGGGGCAGUGUCUUUCAGGUGUUGGCAUGGCACACUUGUGGUGUGUCUUAGGGAACGCUGCCUCUUGCUCCCCACCCGUUUUAGCUGGUCCUCAUUAGGUCUGGUGUGCAAGUCCUGCCUCCAGAGUUGAGCCCCACCUCCUAUCUCACUAGCUGCAAGGGAGGCUGGGGAAGCAGGUUGUGUUCUCUACGUUGGGUGGGUGGAACGGACCCUUCACUUAUUUCCAAUCAGGAAAAGCCUUUGCACAACAGGCAUCCCCGCAGUCUGGCCUCUCACAGCCCAGCAGCAGCUCCGCCCUCUUCCACACAGCAGGAGCAACAAAAUGCUCCCCAUCCACCUUCCUCCUACAAAUGAAAACGGACUCAUUCUCUUCCCAAAAGGGGACGCUGUAACUUCACAUUGCUGACGGCAUCUGAAGCCAGGGUCUCCAAAGCCAGUAUCUGCUGGUGACAGCUGCUCCCCUGGCGGUCCCAUCCAGUCCCUGAAUGUGUGGACUCUACACAGGCUCUUGAUAAAACAGAAGGGGGCUGAGAGGAGAAAGAAAUCGACAUAUACGCUUCACCUUUUCCAGUGUGAUGGUCAGUUUCAGGUGUGCUGGUAACAGUGCAGGGACAAGGGACACCCAGAGCUGGAAAAGCGUGACUUCUGGGUGUGUCUACGAGGGUGUUUUGGGAAAAGAUGAGCAUUUGAAUCAGUCGACUAAGGAUGACCCACCCUCGUCUGGUGUGAGUGGGCCCCUUCCAAUCUGUGGAGGCCUGGAUGAGAUGAGCACGCAGAGAAAAGGUGAGUUCUGGGGCCAGGACACGCCUCGCCUCCUGCACGAAGACUUCAGGACUCCAGGUUUCCCCGCGUUUGGCCUUGGACUGGGAGUCACACCAUUAUGUUCUCUUGAUCUCACGCCUUCAGAUUCAAACGCAAUGACAUCAGCAGCUUUCCUGGGUCUCCAACCUGCGAGGACAGACUGUGGAACUUCCUGGCCUCCAUAAUGACAUGAGCCAAUGCCCAUGAUACACCCCCUCGUCUGUCUCUUUAUUCUAUUGAUUCUGUUUCUCUGCAGAACCCUGACGUAUCAAGGAAGGCAAGACAGAAAGAUAUUCCACCCUACUUAGCCACGGGUCAUGAGGUCAAGAUGGUGUUACUGUCUGAAUGCUGCUGUCCCCCCACCGACCCCCAGAUUCACCUGUUAGACCCUAAAACACAAUGUCACAGUAUUAAGAGGUGGGGUUUUCUGGGAAGUGAUUGAGUCAGGAAGCUCUGCCUCAUGAAUGGGAUUACUGGCCCUUACAGAAGAGGUGGAAGGGAGCUACCUUGACCUUUCACCAUGCAGGACACUGACUUGGCUCCUUCUGCCAUAAGCAGGUGACAGAAGGUGCCGUCUGUGAAGAAGACAGAGCUCUCACCAGACCCCGAAGCUCCUGGUGCCUUGACCCUGGACUCUCAGCUUUCAGAACGGUACCUGGUGCUGCCAAUUCUGGGCCUUCUCUGUGGAUGCUGAGGUAUAGAAGAGUUGGGUCUGGCCUUCUCAUCGCAGACCCAGAGUCAGGAUGGCCACGCUGCUCAUCACACGUCGCCUGCUUUCCAGAGUCUGCGGCUGUGCUGCUGGGUCCCUGCAGAGUACGCUGAAUACCAUGUUCCUGGGAGUUUACGCUACAUAUUUUACUUCUCUUAACCUUCUAUUUCAGUUGUAGUAAGCAUUCAAAAGGAAGCAAAAAAAAAAAAAAAAAAAGCAUGUAUUUUAUCUGCCAUCAUUAACUGGAAGGCUUGCCUCACUUCUCUUGCUACAAAAUGAGAUCUUGGAUCAGAAGCAGGGCUGAAUUUGGUUCCAUGAAAAUGAGUGAGGGAUGAAGUCUGUGGCUGGAGGGAGCAGCAGAAAUGUUGCAGGCUGGGAAGGCAAAUCCAGAUUCAGAAAACAUAUCAGUAACGCGUUAGAAAAAUGAUCUAUUUCAGCUCCUAGGAAAUCCACAAUUCAUUAGUCCCAAGGAUCCCUGUAGGUCAGACCAGCUGAUUACCACCACUCCAGCCCUACUGCUUACUGCAGUGACCGUGCCCAUUUUGCCUUUGGUGCUUAUGAGCCAUUACGUGGCCGCUGUCAACCCUAAGAUCCCGUUAUCCUCCCUGAAAGCGGGGGGCCACUUCAAAGGCAAAGGCUCCCACUCACACCCUUGACAGGGCAAAGUCGCCGGCGUUCCUCACCAACAAGGUCCUCAAUGAUGGGCGAGGCGUCCUCUCAGCCCUCAGCAGGCACAGGGCGGACGGGGGACAUGCUUGACGUAUCCACUCCAGCAUUCGGGGCUCCCGUCUUUGGGUCCGUUUAUGUCACAGAAGAGCGUCUGCCGCAUUUGGACUCCUUGCAUGGAAGGCCAUCUUUCACCCGGAAGUCAGUGAGCAAGCCAGCAGGCCCUCCGAAAUGCUUCGGCUGCUUCAGCUCCGCCUUGAGCACCUGUUGCCGGAACACUCCGGAAAUGAGUUUUGACAUCACACAGCCUUCCUGGCAGCAGAUGGCCGGUGUGCAUCAGACGGAUUACAGAACCUUCAGGAGCGCCCGAGUCAGGAUCGCGGGCUGCACAGCCAGAUGACGGCCAAACCACAGCCACCAGGACAGCCCUCAGCCUGUGCGUGGCAGUGGGGAGGGGACUCCAGAAGUUCCGACCCUGCUUUCCAUCAGCUGUCUUCGUCUAAACAUGGAGGCUGCAUGUUCCUGCUUCCUGAUCGGAGCUGAAGUCUGGGGCAGCCCCGUCAUCGCUCUCCGAGCUGUUCCAGGAACAUGCCAGGCACUCUCCUGCCUCAGGACCUUGGCUCCAGCUGCGCCCCCACCGGGAAUCCUCUUCGGUUUGACUCAGAUGUGACCCUCUUGGCCCCCACCAUGGCGCUGGGCUUGGAGCAGGCGGAGGAGCAGCGGCUGUACCAGCAGACGCUCCUGCAGGACGGGCUCAAGGACAUGCUGGACCACGGCAAGUUCCUGGACUGCGUGGUGCGCGCGGGCGAGCGCGAGUUCCCGUGCCACCGCCUGGUGCUGGCCGCCUGCAGCCCCUACUUCCGCGCGCGCUUCCUGGCCGCGCCCGAGAGCGCGGGCGAGCUGCAGCUGGAGGAGGUGUCGGCGGACGUGGUGGCCCAGGUGCUGCACUACCUGUACACGUCGGAGAUCGCGCUGGACGAGGCCAGCGUGCAGGACCUGUUCGCCGCGGCGCACCGCUUCCAGAUCCCGUCCAUCUUCACCAUCUGCGUGUCCUUCCUGCAGAAGCGCCUGUGCCUCUCCAACUGCCUGGCCGUGUUCCGCCUGGGGCUCCUGCUGGACUGCGCGCGCCUGGCUGUGGCCGCCCGCGAUUUCAUCUGCGCGCACUUCACGCUGGUGGCGCGCGACGCCGACUUCCUGGGACUCUCGGCCGAUGAGCUCAUCGCCAUCAUCUCCAGCGACGGCCUGAACGUGGAGAAGGAGGAGGCGGUGUUCGAGGCGGUCAUGCGCUGGGCGGGCAGCGGCGAGGCCGAGGCGCAGGCGGAGCGCCAGCGCGCGCUGCCCACCGUCUUCGAGAGCGUGCGCUGCCGCCUGCUGCCGCGCGCCUUCCUGGAGAGCCGCGUGGAGCGCCACCCCCUUGUGCGCGCCCAGCCCGAGCUGCUGCGCAAGGUGCAGAUGGUGAAGGACGCGCACGAGGGCCGCCUCACCACGCUGCGCAGGAAGAAGAAGGGGAGGGACGCUGGCAAGGAGGCCGAGAAGGGCGCAGGCGAAGCCAAACCAGAGGACGAGGAGGACGAGCGCAUCCUACCCGGGAUCCUCAACGACACCCUGCGCUUCGGCAUGUUCCUGCAGGACCUCAUCUUCAUGGUCAGUGAGGAGGGCGCGGUGGCCUACGACCCCGCAGCCAACGAGUGCUACUGCGCCUCCCUCUCCAGCCAAGUCCCCAAGAACCACGUCAGCCUGGUUACCAAGGAGAACCAGGUCUUCGUGGCUGGAGGCCUCUUCUACAACGACGACAACAAAGAGGACCCCAUGAGCGCGUACUUCCUGCAGUUUGACCACCUGGACUCAGAGUGGCUGGGGAUGCCACCGCUGCCCUCACCCCGCUGCCUCUUUGGCCUGGGCGAGGCCCUCAACUCCAUCUAUGUGGUCGGUGGCAGAGAGAUCAAGGAUGGCGAGCGCUGCCUGGACUCCGUCCUGUGCUACGACCGGCUGUCAUUCAAAUGGGGCGAGUCGGACCCGCUGCCCUACGCGGUAUACGGCCACGUGGUGCUGUCUCACAUGGACCUUGUCUACGUCAUUGGCGGCAAAGGUGGCGACCGGAAGUGCCUGAACAAGAUGUGCGUCUAUGACCCCAAGAAGUUCGAGUGGAAGGAGUUGGCACCCAUGCGGACCGCCCGCUCACUCUUCGGGGCCACUGUCCACGAUGGCCGAAUUGUGGUGGCAGCUGGGGUCACCGACACAGGGCUGACCAGUUCUGCUGAGGUGUACAGCAUCACAGACAACAAGUGGGCACCCUUCGAGGCCUUCCCGCAGGAACGCAGCUCCCUCAGCCUGGUCAGCCUGGUGGGUACCCUCUAUGCCAUCGGUGGCUUUGCCACACUGGAGACUGAGUCCGGAGAGCUUGUUCCCACAGAGCUCAAUGACAUCUGGAGGUAUAACGAGGAGGAGAAGAAGUGGGAGGGCGUCCUUCGGGAGAUCGCCUACGCGGCCGGUGCCACCUUCCUGCCGGUGCGGCUCAACGUGCUUCGCCUGACCAAGAUGUGAGCAGCCCGGGGCCUGAGCUCAGUGCCCUCCCGUCCUGCAGCCCUCACAGGUCUGGCCUUGUGGGGGCUCCGGAGAAGAGGUUAGGAGAGGCCAGAGGCUGGACUCAGUUACUGCCCCAGGGCUUCGUCAGCCAGGGAAAGGGACGCUGCCUGGCCCCGGCCUUCUGGGCAAGGCUGAGGAACUAGCGGCUUCUCCACUGUUGCCAUGUCUCCCUGGGUUGUCUUGACCCAUGAGCCAGAACCACGGGGCAGUAUCCUGGCCCCACCCAGCCUGGCUGGAGCGCUGGAAAGUUCCCCACAGAACUGAGUCUAGGCAGGAGCGUCCCCGUCAAUGCAGUGUGCGGGGCAGUCUCUGUCUCUAAGAAGAAUAAAGUGUCUUCCGAGCAAGCA